UUCAAUUUCUGCAUUUUAUCUCUUUCAAUCCAAUUGAUGGAUCUUGAUCCUAUCAACUGGUAUUCAGAGCCAGUUCCGGUGAGGAACUUUUUUGUCCCACCCACCUCCGCCCACUAUUACCCGCCGCCGACGCAGUUUGUAACUCCUGAUGAUCACACCCUCCCGCCGCCAUGGAAAGGGGUGAUCGACGGUGCUACUGGGCGCUUAUACUACUGGAAUCCAGACACAAACCACAGCCAAUACGACAUGCCUGUUUACUCGAUUCCUUGUCCAUCUCCCUACCCAUCACAUUCCGCAGCCGCAUAUCCACCCUCCGUUAUUGCUUCCUCCGACCACGUCUUCCGCUCUCACUACCCAAACCUCGCUCCCAUAACCUACGACCCAACCUACUCAGCAUUUCCUUCCUUUCAGCCGCAAAAUGAUGGGUCGCCUCCCAUUCCAACGUUUCAGUCACCCUCAACCCCCAUCUUUGUGCCCCAAUCUACUAAUGCACAAUACCCAUCUCAAGCAGCCGCACCCAACCAGUUUCUUCAUAAUCCAGUCGCACCCAACCCCAACCCACAGCCUGAUUCAACAGUACAAGCUUGCCUUGCUGCUUUUCAAAAAUUCAACCACACUCUCACGACCCAGAUGCACAAGUGUCAGAGUCAACUUCAAGACUCUCGUGUCAAACUGGUGCAAAUUCGGGAAACUUACGCCAAACUUCGGGCUUCUGCGACCUCUACACCCAGUACUCCACAGUAUGCUCCGGCAGACCCGACGCUCCCAGCCCCUUGGAGAGGUUUAAUUAAUGGUUCAUCGGGUUCUCUGUACUAUUGGAAUCCGGAAACUAACGCAACCCAGUAUGAGCGGCCAUGUGAACAAACUCCACUGACCUUCCCUUCCUUCGACUCUGACGCUCACCCAUCCGUCAUUUCUCUCAGUCCUUCCGACGAAACCGACGGUUGCGAUGUGCCAAUCUCUGUUCCCGCACUGCUCGUCGUGGCAAUGAAUGAUACUACAACGAGGACCAGUGUCGACCUCUACUGUUGUAAGGAUUUGGAUUUGGAUUUGCCGACCCAAGGCCUGGCAGAGGAUAACUCAGGUUGUACCUCGUCUUUGGAGGAGCAUAACGUCAUCAAUUUGGAAGCAAAUACAACGACGACGGGCCUCCAAAUUUUUGAUGCUAUUAUUGAGGUACAAAUCCCAAACAAAGAGUAUGAGUUAUUCGAUUUUAAUAAUUCUGAAUUUGAAACGACUGGUAUUGAAAUUGGGGGUCCUAGUGUGGUCAAAGAAGAUGAUAGUGGUAAUUCUAGUGAUAAUGGUCUUAAGAUCGAGACUCUUCCACAAUCCUUCCCCAUAGCCGUUGCCGAGGAGCUCAACCUCAAUUCACUGGAACCCAAAAGCGACGGCUUUGUUGCCUCUGUUGACUCUCCAUUCCACAUUGGAGGAGCGUGUUCGAUGAGUUUAACUUCAACCAAGAAUCUAGUCUCAGUUGUUAAGGCACCGAUUAUGUGUUUGAUGAGUUUAACUACCCUUGCAUUUGGUGGUAGCUCCUCACCUGAGAAGCACAGUGAUGGGUUUUCUGUUGUUCAACGGGAUUGGAAGUAUGAUCAGUCCAGUUUUAUGGUUGAUGAAGCAAAUUCCUUCACCACAGAAGCUGUUAUGACUGGGUCUCGGUCACUACCAAUUUCUACAAUCGGAGGUAGUAUUCUAAUCUCAAAGAACCCAUAUUCUACUCUGUCACAUGGUGAAGUGAUUUUAGGCUUCAAUGAUAAUAUUUAUCCUGUUGUGGUAUUUGAAAUGAGUAGUGAGGAUGUUGUUGUUGUUUUUGUUGAGAAUUUGAAUAUUGUGCAUGAUAGCAUGGGUCUUAGCACAAGAAAUAUUGAGCCUGAGUCUCAUAAUACUGAAGCGGUGCAGAGUGUUGAUGAUCCUAUACCCCAGCUGCUACCCUUGCAGGAUGCAUUUUGUAAACCAAAGUUUGGUUUGGUGUGUCUCGUUUGCAAAUUGGGAAAUUUUGAUGUCAUAACACCCUGUUUUGACCCCAUGAUUAUUACUACUAGCUUCUUGCAUGUUGGUACUGGUGAAGAUAAUUGUGGCCCUGGAGUUAAAUAUGCAGAUUUACAACUGCGUACUAAAAUGGAGUUAGAUAGAAUCUGUGGGAAAUGGAAAUCCAAAGCUCAUGCCGUGCAUGUUAGUUUACAGAGUGCAAAAGAGUUGUUUUUCACCUCUAGGGAAGGGCUAAAGCUUAAUAAUGAGAUGAUGAUAUGUUUUGCUACUGGACAUUCUGAUGCAAGGUUUUGGCCUUGGCUAUCUUGUUGCUUCCAAUUUUGUCAUUGUGAAACAACCACUCUGCUUCCUUGUUGUGGAGGAGCAUUUACCACAAUGGGUUUAUGGAGUAAUUUACAGGUGUUAAGUGCAAAUGGCUGGCGGAACAUCUUGCCCACUUGUUUGAACCAUUCUAAUUGUGCUGUUGCUGCAACCACUCUUCUAGUGUAUGAGAAUUUGACUGGAGUACUUGGAUAUUAUCAUAGUAUGUUGGCACUCCACAUGGAGUCAUCUUUAAAAUUCCAUGUCUUGUGUAGUGCUACUGUUCAACUAUUUGUGCUCAUUGACUAUGUUCUUCAAUGUCCCAAUCAAGACAGCUCCUCAGUAAUCGUACUUGGUGCUACGUAUGUGAAACUACAAGACGGUUCAUACAGACUUCAAGUUGUAGUGUUGAAUGCCAGAUUUGUUUGCCCACUAGACAAUUGUUGUGUCUGCUAUGAUAAUCAUUCUGCUAGGAUGAUGGGACUUGUAAUGGUUCACUCUUUUGGGGAAGCUCUCACUGCAUUACAUGCUUGGAUCAAUGAUUUCUCUUGCUUAUUGGGCUCUAGGGAUAAUGUUUCAACUUCACUUGGAAUUAAUGUUGGAAAUCGGUUAUUGGUACUGAUAAGGUUUGAGCUGAUUCAGGCAGAGGCCCAUGUGCUGAACAAUCAUGAGACUUUUGUACUCGUGCCAUCAUUUAAUAUUGCCUGGGAUUUUCAUAUUCCUGAAUUUGAGCCUGCUGCUGGUCAUUUUGAGGUGAUGAGUUUUAUAGAAGAAUUUCUUGUUUUACGGUGCUAUUUUUUUAAGGGUACCAUUUGUUCCGAGAGGCGAGUCUGUGCUAAGUAUCUUCUAUGUUCUACUUUGGAUAUCGUUGAGUUCUGGUCGAUAGUGUUCCAUUUCAUUCAUCAGUAUCCUUGCUUUGUUCAUGUCCAUGAAUUUGCCGAGUUAGAGAUUGUGCUGAAUCAUGUUGAAGAGGCUCCAGGAUCUCUUGACUGGCUUGCGGAUAACUCUAAUGCUUUGCUUUUGGCUCUAAAAUUGGGCGAGGUACUUUCUGCGUACAGUUUAAUAUUGGGGACACUACUGCCAUCCCAUUUUACUCCCAGCAACUUUUUCUUUGAUGAUCGUCUGUCUCACUCAUUUGGUGAAGACUUUGCAAAGAAUUUCCCAUGUCUCUAUGCAAUGAUUAUGGAGGUAUCCCAUCUCUCAUCAUCACAUGAUCACAAACACGGGGGGUUUGCUGUACUACUUCUCCCACUGAGGUUGCCACUUUUUUAUAUGCCACUUUGUUUGUCUUACAAUGAUGUUCAGUGCAUGGCUACUGUGAAUAUCCUUGUUAUGAUAUUCAAAGCCCUUGGCAUGAUUGUGCUUGUUGCUUCGGUGUUAGUGGCCCGAGAUGUUGCUUCCCAAAGUGAUAAUUCAUCUCAUGAAAGUCAAAAUGAUGCUCCUGCUAUUGCUACCUUGCUGACCUUUGCAGCUUGUGUUCCUUCGGCGAGCUGUUCUCUUUACUCCCCUACUUACACUAUGACACCUCUCCAAUUUGGCUUGGCGGCAAAUGUUGUUGGUGAUAAUACUUUGGUUACUCACAUACACAUUCCAGUAGUCAUGCCACCAAAUGCAGUGCUCUUGAUUGUCGUUUUCUGGGCAGUCUUACACUCGCUGACAAUGAAAUUUGUGAUUUUGAGCCAUCGUCUGCCUAUUUCAUAUAACAAAGCCUUGGAAGUCCCUUCUAAUUCGCCACAUGCGUGUCAUAGGCAGUCAGCUAUCUCUCAUGCGUGUGAUCAGCCCUUGCCUGACGUCCCUCCUGCUAAAGUAGCAAGUAAUCUCUCAUAUCUUGCAGAUACCAAUGAAUCUUCACUGGUUGUGCUCGAGCAUGCAGUUACUUUGUUUAACCAGGCCUUCACAUUACCCCCUGCUGGUUCCAACUUCUCAAACUUGAGGACAAGCUUGUUUUCAAGGGGGGAGGACUUGUUAGGACCAAUAUUCUAUAACCUUAUGUUAGUUGGGCUAGUGUGUUAGAUGAGCUCAUUAGUAGACUCGGGUCGGGUCAUAAUUUAAACGGGUAUCUAGGGUUGUGCUAGAAUAUCUAUAUAAGGCAUUUAGUCUCCAAUGUAACUCUUAUCUA